GGUGCAAAGCGAUGAAGAACUGGGGCGUGAUCGGCGGCGUGGCGGCGGCGCUGGCGGCCGGCAUCUACGUGCUGUGGGGGCCCAUCGCCGACAGGAAGAAGCGCAGGAAAGGGCUUGUGCCUGGCCUUCUCAACCUAGGAAACACCUGUUUCAUGAACUCCUUGCUGCAGGGCUUGUCAGCAUGUCCAUCUUUCAUCAAGUGGUUGGAGGAAUUUACAUCCCAAUACAAGACAGACCAGCCUGAACCAUCAGAGCGCCGAUAUUUGUCCCUUACCUUGCUGCACCUCCUGAAAGCCUUAUCCUGCCAAGAGGUCACAGAAGAUGAUGUUCUGGAUGCAAGCUGCUUACUAGAAGUGUUAAGGAUGUACAGGUGGCAGAUUUCUUCCUUUGAAGAACAGGAUGCUCAUGAGCUGUUCCAUGUCCUCACGUCUUCCUUGGAGGAUGAGCGGGAUCGCUGGCCACGGGUCACACACCUGUUUGAUGUGCAUUCGCUAGAACAGCCAGAAACAACCCAAAAGCAAAUAAGCUGCAGAACAAAAGGAUCACUUCCCCCUAUGGCAAGUCACUGGAAAUCUCAGCAUCCUUUCCAUGGGAGACUGACCAGUAACAUGGUUUGCAAACACUGUGAACACCAGAGUCCUGUGAGGUAUGACACAUUUGACAGCCUUUCGCUGAGUAUUCCAGCAGCCAUGUGGGGUCGCCCUUUGACACUGGACCACUGCCUCCAUCAUUUCAUCUCCUCUGAAUCAGUGAGGGAUGUCGUCUGUGAUAAUUGCACUAAAAUUCAGGCAGAAGGGAUACGGAAUGGGCAAACCAUAGAAAACCAGAAGACAACAUUUGUUAAACAGUUACAGCUAGGCAAGCUGCCUCAGUGUCUGUGUAUCCAUCUGCAAAGGCUGAGCUGGUCAAACCAAGGCACACCUCUGAAACGUCACGAACACGUGCAGUUCAAUGAGUUCCUGAUCAUGGACAUCUACAAAUAUCAUCUCCCUGCCCAUAAGUCAAGUAAACAUGAUCCAAACCAGAAGGGCUCUGCAGGGACAUCUUCUGAGACAAAGGAUGGACUGGCUGUGAGAACCUCAGAUGGGGAGCAGCCGUGUAGCACAAAAUCGCUCUUUCUGAAUGGGGCCUGCUCUCCUUCACUCCUGCCAUCUCCCAUACCUUUCCCUCUUGCCUCCGUCCCCGAUUGCAGUUCCCCAGUAUACCUCUACCGCCUGAUGGCUGUUGUCGUGCAUCAUGGAGACAUGCAUUCAGGACACUUUGUGACCUACCGCCGCUCUCCGUCCUCUCCCAAGAGCCCUCUCUCGGUUAGUAACCAGUGGUUGUGGAUUUCAGAUGAGACAGUGCGCAAAGCGAGCCUGCAGGAGGUCCUUUCCUCCAGUGCUUACCUGCUGUUUUACGAGCGUGUUCACUCAAGAGCACAACACCCGAGUCCAGAGCUCAGGGCUGAGGAAUGACUUGGGUGGCUGGAGGAAGCUGAAACCUGAUGGAACUGCUCUCACCAGAUGUGCGUUGCACCUCCCGUCCAGUAUGCAACUAACCCACGACAAGCCCUCCAACAUUCCACCUCCCGUGGCAUUGGCCGGCUUCUGCAGGGAGCUGGCGUCACGAACCAGAAUACCGCUACCCAAAGUUGGUCUGCUAGUGUCGUGCCGUCAGAAGCGUGUCUGUGUUUAAAGAAGCCUUUAUUCUGUUUAGGUAGCAUUCUCUCCGACCCACGGGUCCAAAACAGGGGAUUUCAAGCAGAGACUCUCCAAGGUCCCGUUUCUAUUCUGACUUAUACAUAUGUUUUUAUAUGGAGUUGCUUAGUAUAACCCCAUUACAUUUCGCUGCCGAGGUUUCAAAGCAGGUGAUCCAUAAGAGCAGUUAAUACGAUUGCUCUUAUCAGAGGCAAUGAUUUAAAAUACAAUAAAGUGCCUUGAGCUUAUUUAAAUGGUUACAUUUCCAGUCCGAAUCUGCUGCACGUGGGUUACAAUCCGAUGAGUGUCUAUCGAAGUGAUGUGAAGAACUGAAUCGUGUUUCUUUCAAUAGCUCUGGCUAAGCAAUGGAAGAAUUCAUCCGUCCCCACAAAAAAAUGCAUGAUCUAAAAGAGCCCUUUCCUGGUGGUAUGUUCUUUUCCUAAUUCUUCAGUUCCUUGUAUAUUCUAAAAGAACUUCUGCCAAAGUAAAGUGCAGUUUAUUUUUCAGGGAAAAUUCAAGUUGUUUAUUAGGUGAAGACACUGAUUUAUUGUUCCAUUCCCUUAAAAUGUGUGUGAAGUUAGGAGAGAGCAGCAUCUGUUAGCAAUUGCUUUUGCCGUUUCUUCUGUCACUAAAACAAUCUGAUAUUAUUGCUUGUAGAAUCAACUAGCUGAAGCCUUUUAGUGCUCAUACUUUAAGGAUAUUUUAAUUGGUCCCCUAGAGUCACCCGUUCCCACCUUAAUGACAAACACUGCCAUUCCCUGUCACCCACUCAAAUGUGUGCCCUCUGACCUCCCACAGAGCUUGAACUGGAUGCAGUUGUGAAUCUGGGAUAUGCAGCAACCCGAGUGUCAUGGUGAAGUAGAGUAUGCAUGAUUGCACUUACUAGUUUGGUAAAGUAGUACCGAGAUCUGAGGAGACUGGUGUCACUGCAUUAGAUAGUGCUGUUUUUGAGGAGUACUGUGUUAACUGUCUGUGGCUUCUCUGUGCUCUUUGGUGUGUCAAAAAAGGAGUAGGGAGCAGGGGCAAAAAAAAAAAUCCUUUGGGCUGUUUCUCUAUAAAUGGUAGUAAAGUACAUGGGUUUCAGAGUUCUUCUCUGUCCUUGUACUGGUGAGAUGGGGUCUGAAAUGCAGACUAGGCCCUUUCAACAUCAAAUGCAGACUGAAUGGUCAACCAAGAGCGACUGCCUCUGGAAGGCUUUUUCAGCAGUUUUGUACAUCAUGGACCCAUGUUGCUCAGCUACCCAACGUUGUUCAUGUACAUUUGGAGUUCUCCAGCGGGAGGCUCAAACCCAGCCACCACAGUGUGUAGGGUCUGAAGGCAUUGAGGACACUUAGCUGAAGUUACAGCAGAGUGGAACAUAAAGUCAAUUACAACCUAUAAAGAAGUCUUCAGAAAUCUCAACGUAUCAGGCCCCAAAUCCUGCCACUUCUGUGCUGGCCUGUCAGUAGCACUUUUUUUUACCUAUUUCUACUUAUGUAAAAAAUGAAACCAAAAGGAUACAAAAUGCCAAAAAAUGUCCUCGGAGAAAGACUUACAAAAGCAAGGUGGAAUGGAGGGUGAGACUCCUUCAUGCUAGACAGUGGGCUUUGCAGAGCAGCACUGGUUGUCAGCCAAGGCAAAACCCAUCAAGCAAAGCAUCCAGCUACAGCUGCCCUGCGAAAGAUACUUCUGGACUUCAGCGUGUCUCCAGCUGACAGCAGUGUCUGUGCUGCAGUACCUUGACCCAGCAGCAUCUGUUGAGAGGUUUCUCACUCCUCUGACUUGAGUGGGUUUAAGUUGGCUCGUCGGACAGCAGCCAGACAAGCCACUCUGUUUAUAAUGCAGCCGUGCAAGUCGGAUAUCACGCACAGGGAGGACUCCAGGUCUUGGAAUCGAUCAGCAACACAGCAUCCGUGUAAAGCUACACGUUGCUGAGAGCUGCUUCUGUCACGUUUUCCAUUUCCACUUGCACAGCUCUGCCUUCCGCUCACCUCUUUUCUCUGUGCCCAUUUGAUGAGAAUGAGACUUGUCGCUGUCAUGCAUCGUUGGGCUUGUUGUGUCACCCUGCUGUCGGGCUGGGAAUUCAUAGUGACAGCUUUGUCAAGGGCAGAAGGAAGGAUGGUUAGGUAAAGCUGGAGUGUUGCUUCUUCCUUUGCAGCAAGGGGAGAACAGGCAUUCAGUCCUUAGCCAUGGUUGCAAGGAACUAGGUGUCUUGGGUUUGAUCCUGAGAAGGGUUAAACAACACGCAGCAUCAUAUCAGCUGUUUUGGGUGUUUCUCACCCCUCAAGACCAGGCACGUUUCUGCCCUAGCCUCCCAUGCUUUGGCCUUUGGAAGCCAGCAGGGCUCUGUGCCAGGGACAGGAGCUCCCUCUGGUUGUAGGUGUGGGGUGUCAGGUGGUGCCAGCCAGUGACAUUGCUUUUUAGACACUCGGAGUAGAGCUGUUGAGUCGGCGCUUAUGACUGGAAAAGGAAAGUUGCGGAAACAUGAGCACCUCUGCUUACUCUGGUCAAAUUGGUACGACUGCUCUGUAAUUCGACUUUUCUCGUUUUAAUGUGCAUAUUAUUAAGAGGUAUGAUGUUAGCAUCCAAACCACUGCACUGCGCUUUGAAAUUGAAUCUUCCCUUCAGGGUAUUUUUGUACCUGUCUAUACAGUAGCAAUAAAGGAAUCAAAUUAAUAGAAAAUAG